AUGUCUCCAAUUCAUCUAUUACUCUGUCUUUUCUUUGCCUACGUUAGUGUCUUGUGCCAGCUUCCUAUUGUUGCACGGCCAGCAUGUACCGAAGGACAAAAAUGCACUAAGAUGAUAUAUUCCGUUGGGUUCUCUUCAUCUGUGGAGGGCUUGUGCGUAAACGGUAUAUGCGAUACAAACACAAAAUGUGGCGGAUGUGAACAAAAAGUCAUCAAUGGGCGUUGUUGUGGCAACGGAAAAAUGAAUGCAAGCGGUAUUUGUACAUGUCAUUGUAAUCAUAGAUACGAUUGUUAUUUUCAGCAAUGUGUCGGUGGGAAAUGCGUCCCUGAAAAACCUGGGGUCAAUUGUGGCGGCUGUCAGAGAAAACCAAUCAACGGUCAAUGUUGUGGCAGUGGUGUUAUCGACAGCGCAAGAAACACAGGAUUGUGUUAUUGCGGUACCUCUAGUCAAUGUGCACAAAAGAGUGACUGCAAAGCAAACGAGAAGUGUUGUGCUAAGGGUUCGAUAGGGCUUUGUCACAGGAUUGAUGAGUAUGAGUAUCCUGAUUGUCCACCUGGUUCUCAUAAUGUGUGAGCCAUCUUAAAAUUGUUUAUAUAUCAUCCAAUUCUCCAAUGAAAUCAAACUAUUUCCUUUAGUAUUAAU